CAUUUUCUGUGCCAACACAAACAUCAGUACCAACACCUACAUCUGUUCCAACCCCAACAUCUGAACUGACACCAACAUCAGCACCAACACCAACCUCUGAACUUACACCAACAUCAGCUCCAACAUCAAUUCCUCCUGGAACAUAUACCACAACAACAACCACAACUCCUGAACCUCCACCAACAUCUUUACCUACACCAACCUCUAUUCCAACUCCAACAUCAGUACCAACACCUACAUCUGAACUGACACCAACAUCAGCUCCAACACCAACAUCAGUCCCAACACCAACCUCUGAACUUACACCUACAUCAGUACCAACUUCUACAUCUGAACUGACACCAACAUCAGCUCCAACAUCAGUGCCAACACCAACAUCUUUCCAAACUCCAACAUCAGUUCCAACACCAACAUCUGAACUGACACCAACAUCAGCUCCAACACCAACAUCAGCUCCAACACCAACAUCAGCUCCAACGUCAGUGCCAACACAAUUAUCAGUACCAACACCUACAUCAGUUCCAACCCCAACAUCUGAACUUACACCAACAUCAGCUCCAACAUCAGCUCCAACACCAACAUCUGAACUGACACCAACAUCUGUCCCAACGCCAACUCUAAUAUCAGUGACAACACCAACAUCUCACCCAAUGUCAACUACUGAACUGACACCAACAUUAGUACCAACACCAACAUCAGCUCCAACCCCAACAUCAGUACCAACACCAACCUCUGAACUAACAGCAACAUCAGUACCAACACCAACAUCAGCUCUAACAUCAGUGCCAACACCAACAUCUUUCCCAACCCUUACAUCUGAAUUGACACCAACAUCAGCACAAACACCAACAUCUGUGCCAAUAAUAUCUGUCCCAACUCCAACCUCAUUACCAACAUCUCUGCCAACACCAACAUCUGUACCAACAUCAUCCUCUGCACCCACGAUUACUUCAACAUCAGAAACUCUGACAACUACUGUUACUCCAAAACCUCCUACACCAACACCAACACCUCCUAUAUGUGAAGAAAAAAUGACUACUCUUGUACCUGGAGAUAAAUCUCUUAUAAAUUUUGAAAACAUUACUAAAGAAUUAUUUAUCAUUGGCAAUGAAGUCCACAAACUUUAUAGUAUAAAUGAACAUGACAAUGCCAUGAUUUUACUUCCAUCAAAUAAGACAGUGAUUUUCAAACCACCUAAUGAUUUGAUUGCUAUUGAAAUAAAUAUUGAAGACUUUUCAUUAGAAUAUAAAACAACUCUAAAAAAUUAUACAACUUCUAUAGUUAGUUUGAAGAAUUCACAAAAUCUUUUGAUUCUUAUUUAUUGGAAAUCGGACAAUUCUCCUCUAGAAGUUCCUUCAAAUGGAAUAUUGUUUAUAGCAAAGGAAAUUACAAUUGAAUCUACUCAAAAAGUAAAAGAACAGGAUAUUGUUUACAUAGUUUCUAAUCCUGGCAUCAACAUCACUUAUGAUUUAUGUGGAGAUUAUUGUAACGGUACUGUCAUUGAUCUAGUCCAACUGACUUCAUCACAAAUAAAGAAACUUCCAAUCACUGGUAUUGAAGUAUUUCCAAAGAACAAAACAGGAGAUAUUUUUAACUUUUAUGUACCAUUUGGCAUAACUGAAGCCAGUUGGAGCAUUGACUUUCCCAUUGGUGGUCAUCUUAUUACUGUAGGAAUAGAAGUACCAGACCUGAAUUCCACUUUCCAAAUUCUCUUGGAAAAUAAUGUUAAUUCUACAUCUGAGCUUUUGGAGGAUGUCGAUGGAAAACAUAUUUUCAAUGCAUCUAAAGACUCAAAAUACACUUUUGAUAUGAAUCUCCCUGCCAAUUCUAGAAUCGUUAUUAAAAUUGCUGUCCCUAACUAUUCUGUUGACGUAAAAAUAACUGAAUUCAAAAUUUGCAAGCCUGCUGUUGAAGAUUUCUGUAGACUGGAAAAUAUGGUGGUCUUAGAAGCAUUGGGCUUUUUGACAAUAGAUGAUAUUCUUGGUAAAACAGAUGACAACAUAAUAGUUCGAUAUGGUGACCUGAUAGAAGAUGGCGUUAUGGUCUAUGGUUCUUGCUAUGCAUGUGAAUGCCAUGGUUUCACUCUCAUCUGUGAUAAAACUGAUAAUUGUACUUGCCCUGAUUCCACUAUUGAGUGCACUGGAGACUGUCAUGCAGCUCACACUGUAAUUACAUUUAAUGCAACUGGUGUUCCUAUCACCUGUGCCAAUGAGUCUCAGCCUUGUAUAAAAGAAGGGUGCACAACUCCUAUGGUCUGUCCUGGCCCUUGGAGUUCUUGGUCUGAAUGCUAUGCAAACUGUCAACAAACACGUAAACGUAUCUGUGAUGUUAGGUGUGGCAAAGACUGUGAUGAAUUUAGUUUAAGUGAAAACAGGAUUUGUCCUGGAUGUAUAACAGUAUCAAGCACCACUGCGCCAACAUGUGAAGAGAAUGAAAUACCUGCUUGUGUAAGUCAUUAUGACCAAUGUUUGGAAUCUUGUGUGCGAUACAGAAGAAACUCCAGCUGUGACUCCCUGAAGGAUGAUAUACACUGCAUUGAUACAUGCAAGUGUAAAGAGGGUUUUCUGAGAGAUGGUAAUGACAACUGUGUGCCAAAUAGAUCAUGUGAAUGUUAUCCUGAUAAUAACAGCACAGUUUCAAUACCACAUGAUUAUAUUACCAAGCCUAGUAAAUGUGUUUCUUGUACUUGUAAUGAAGGUGACUACAUCUGCAAGGAAGAUGAUGAUUGCUGUGAUAUACUCCCAUGGUCUGAAUGGUCACCAUGUUCAGUGACUUGUGGUAAUGGUAUUAGUACAAGAACCAGAAAAAUCUUUGGAAGUUGUCCAUCUAAUGAGUUAGUGAAAGAACAAAGAGAAUGUGAAGAUACUAAAUGUCCAUGUAUAGUCCAAGGAAAAGUUUAUGAUUCUGGUCAAACUAUUAUGUCUGAUAAAUGCCAGGAAUGUGUUUGUUUCAAUGGAGUUGCUAAUUGCACUGCUCACGACAACAUUGGAAAGGAUAUUUGGUCAAAUGAAAAUUGCACUGCAAAGUGUUACUGUGAUAAUGAUGGAGUUCAGCAAUGUACCUCCGACAAAGAACUAGAUGCUUGUCAAGAGGUCAUUAGAAACUGUGAUUUAUCUACCCAUGUCCUUGAAGAUACUCCUGACAGAUGCUGCAAAAAAUGUGUACCUAAGAUGAUCCCAUGUACAUACAAAGCAAAGAGUACCAUAUUGCUAAACUUUACAGAUGAGACUCGAGGGCUCUGUGUGUCUAAUGAGCCUCAGGAAGUUGGUUCAUGUGCUGGUACUUGUGGUCCUAGCAAAGUAGAUGUUGUCCAGACAGUUUUCCGAGAUGGUGAAUUUCAAAUGGACACUGCUGAGGACUGCUCCUGCUGUAAAGCUCUUUUUACCAAAAAACUUGUACAGUUCAUUUGUGAUGAUUACUCUGUAGUUGAGCAAAAAUUAAAUUAUAUCUCUGGAUGUACUUGUCAACUUUGCAGCUGAACUUGAACAGUAGUCUCCACACUAAGACUAAGACUGCUUUAUGAUCCUAAUUGAAAAUGUAAUAAAAUAUAAUAAAAAUGUUACAUAAAUUGUA